GGGCUUAAAAGUAAAUUUACAGAAGAGUAGGGGCAAAUGCGGUCCAGAAGAGGAUUUUUUGUUUUGGCACGUGUCUCUGGUGGACACCCCGUUUUAGUCGCACGCUUGGUUCCUUUCUUCGUCUCGUCUCCCUCACAUCGCACACGCUUUCGCUUUCUCCCUCACACUCUUUCUCAGGGUUGGCAGGGUGUUGGUAGUAAGGAUUAUAGUAGUGGUUAUAGUGGUGGUUGGUGGCCAUGUAGGAAGGUACCUGCAGUGGUGGUGGCAAUAGAAAGGGGGAGAGCAGCUGCACAAUGUUGGGGUGAGGAAUUAACAACUUCAGGGUGUUAUUUAGGAGUUUGUGAUCUGAGCAUAAAGAUGGAGCUGAGUAGCAUCAAAGAUGCAUUUGAUCGUGUAGCCAAAAAGCAAAAAUUAUCCUCUUCCAAGUCUCAGGAAGUUGUUGACCAGGUGGGGCGUGAAAUUGAGCAGGCAUUGGCAGCAAUUCAGUCAUCCCGUGACCUCUCUUCUCCUGCUGACCAGAAAUCCGUUCUCACAGAACUUAAGUUCAAGAUUAAUGCUAUUGGACCACUUCAACAGUUGGAAGGUUCAAAUAAGGAAGUGAACGGAAGUAUUAUCAAGUAUCAAAGGCCCCUUGAAAAAUUGUUAAAUCCUGACAUAUCUAAGGCAUACAGAAAUGUGGACUUUGAUACUCGUAUUAUCAAUCAGAUCAUUGCAAACCACUUUUACCGUCAAGGUUUAUUUGAUCUUGGAGAUAGCCUCGUAAAUGAGGCUGGAGAGCCUGAUGCAACUGCACUUAGAUCUCAAUUUUUAGAAAUGCAUCAGAUUAUUGGAGCUAUGAGGGAGAAAAACCUUCAGCCUGCUCUGACAUGGGUCUCUGCUAAUCGAGAGAAACUUGAUCAUAUUGGUUCUAAUCUUGAGCUUAAGAUUCACAGACUGCAGUUUGUAGAGGUCCUGCAAAAUGGGACACGAGCUGAUGCCUUAAAAUACGCCCGAACUUAUCUUGCUCCUUUUGCUUCCCUCAACAAGGACGAGUUCCCAAAGCUCAUGGGUUGCCUCUUGUAUGCAGGAAGGCUAGAGAGCUCCCCUUAUUCUGAGUUGAUGUCCCCAAUUCAUUGGGAGAUGACAACUGAAGAGCUCGCACGGCAGUUUUGUACUCUCUUGGGGCAGUCCUAUGAGAACCCACUGAGUGUAGCAGUUGCUGCAGGAGUUGAGGGGUUGCCCACCUUGUUAAAGCUGGCAAAUGUAAUGGCAGCUAAGAAGCAAGAGUGGCAGGAAAUGAAACAGUUGCCGGUGCCUGUAGAAUUGGGUAAGGAAUUUCAGUUUCACUCCAUUUUUGUUUGCCCUGUGAGUAGGGACCAAGGAAGUGAAGAGAAUCCUCCAAUGCUGUUGCCAUGCUUACAUGUCCUUUGCAAGCAAUCAAUUAUGAAGUUAUCAAAAAACAGCACCCGAACAUUCAAGUGUCCAUAUUGUCCAGCCGAAGCGACAGUUACACACUGCAGACAACUGUAUUUCUGAUGAUGUUUGUGUUCCGUACAUUUCAUUUGUGCAAUACAUCAUUUACAGCUUUCUGGUUGUAUAUAAAUAUUCCAAAAUAUCUGUUACUUUUGAUAAGACCAACGAGUGAAUAAAAGUUGAAAGAACCUGUCUAUAUAGCCGGGAGCUCCGUCCA